AAAAUCGGGCCGGGGAUGUGGAACUGCAGUGGUGUAUAAAAAUGUUUUUAGUUGUAAACAAUGUUUUAAAGAACGUCAAUUCACCAGCUUCRAACUAACCACCUUUGAGGUGGGUCGUUCUGACCCGGUUCUGUGUGCUGUC